UUACGGUAUCCGUGAUUGUGCCGCACCUUUGCGAUGCCUGCGCGAUCGAUGGCUGUGCCCCUUCCGACGCAUGAAGACUUCGUUGGAUUACGCUCCUUGGCAUGCAUGAUGACUCUUGUAGCCAUCGCAGAAUGAUGGCAUCAUGGAUGGAUUUGAACGGACGUACAUCUGGUGAGUGGUACCUGCCAGGUGAACAUGCGCGGAAACAUCCGUUGGUACUGUACCCGUACUGAGAGUAGUGAGGUCAAGCGCGUAGCGGCAUUUUCCCUUUCCCUUCUUCCUUCACAACUACCGUCAUGACAAACUUUGCCGAAGCGACCGACGUCCUUGCAUACGCCAACGACUCCAGCUACGUCCGCGCUCGCAACACGACCGUGGCGACUGCAAUCCAGUUGUCAGGCGGCAUGGUCAACUACGUGUGGCGGCUAACGCUGACGGACGCAUCCACGGUCAUCUUGAAGCACUUUCCACCAUCAUUGCGUGUGAAUCCUGCGUUUGCGUUUCCUCAAGAGCGCUGCGAAUUGGAGUACAUUGCCUUGCGAGCUGCCACGUCACAGUUUCCCCAGGCGAAGUGGUCGGCGCCGAUUCCCUACUCGCUGGACGCGGCCAACUAUGUCAUUUUGGAGCAGGACAUGCCUGGUGUGUCUCUCUUCGACCUCCUCAAGCAAGAAGUCGACCAACCCCUUUCUACGAGUGAUUUCGAGUGGAUUGCAUCGAGCCUGCUGACCUUCUUGACUGACGUCAAGUCGUUGGUCGUGUCAGACAUGUCCAUCUACGCCAACUCGCCGCUCACCCCCGUCAUGAAUCGCAUGUACCUGCGCAACCUCACUCGCAUGAUCGACUUCGACAUCCCACAUCCGCAAGACUGGUUGGAUCGAGCGGCAGCGUGCGAUCUCGUCGCCACCGACAGCUUUUUGUUUGGCGACUUUUGGCCCAGUAGCAUCCUCGUAGAUGUUUCCCACAAGCGCGUGGCGAUAAUCGACUGGGAACUGGCGCGGACGGGGCAUUUCGGGCUGGAUUUGACGCAAAUGAUGGCAAAUCUGGCGCUAAUGGGGCGCGGUCAAGGCUACAACAACGCCGCGGCCAACAACAUGGCCACGGCGAUCGUGGCGGCGUGGAAACGGGCGACGAGUGGAGCCGACACGUUUGAUUUCGAAGCGGCCUAUGUCAAGCGUGUGGUGCAGCUGUCGCAGUACUCCCACUGGGGCCUGGACAAUGUCCAGGCGGCCGUGCAAGACUUGGUGGCCGCCGCGCCCAACGUGUUUGCUGCAACCUAGCACAUCCAGUAUUACCCAACAACACCAAAACGACGUCAUCAUAUGUGUGCGUGUUGAACUUGCAAUUUGAAAAUAGAUGACGAACGUUACAAACGUCCGCAUCAGCAUACAAAUAUCAAGUGCUUUCACGACGCAGCAUCUCGAUGCUGUACGUAAUAAAUAAUGGAUCAUUUAACAACAACGGUAGCACCUACCCUGGACACUCCAAAUGUCCAGCAGGUUGUACUAUCCACGUGGCCAACAUGGUAACACGGGUUGCGAAUUCGAUCUUGACGUCGAGUUCCAUAUCAGUGCCGACAAUCCAGGAAAAGCC